AAAGGCAGCAAAACGUCUAAUCUGCCGGAAAACUACACGAAGAAGAACAAUUAAACGGAAGUGAACAGUGAUCAAGUACAAUUUUUACAUUAGCGUUUAUGUUGUCGUUUUCAGACGUUUAUUAACACACUGCACAGCAUCACAUACUUACCCCAGGUAGUCUUAUAUUCGCGUUGGAGACAGGACAGGUUGAUGUUAUCUAGGUAACGCUAGCUAACAAUGGCGAACUGUAUGGUUUUUCACACUCAAAUAGCCUCCAUCAUGGAGGUGUUAGCGAAUGCAGCCGUGGCAGAGGUCUGUAAACUCGUAGACGACGACUAUGCAGUGUUUCGUUUGGAGAUAACUCAAAGACAUAAAGAAAACAGGACAUUGCAGAGGAAACUACAGCUACUUGAACUGAAGGUAUCACGGGACCGCGCAGACAAGAUGAUGCGAGAGCGCAUUCUCGCCAGUCGUCCCAGAAGUGUCAAGAUCCUCGACCGAUACAGAGGAACCGCAAAAGGUGAAGGACAUCUCACUGGAGGCCACAGGAGCUUUGUGAAGUCAGCGGAACACAACACAUGGAGAGAUGACCAACCAAUCACUGUUGAUGAGGGGAGUGGAACCUCUAACCAGCACUUUAUCAUGAUAGAGGAUGCAGAGGCUGCAGGUCCUGGGGUCAAGCUGGAGAGGUCUCAAGAAGUGGAGGACCCACAGCACAGCAGAGACAUCCAUACUGGAACGGCUGGAGCUCCCCCUGUAGCCACGGAGGACCCCACCACCGCCCCAGCGCCACCCAUUACCCGACGAAACAUCACGGAGGAGGAGGAGGUGCUGCUGGUGAAGGAGGAGGGGUGUGAGGAGGGUCUGGGGAAACCUGAGGGGACCAUGGUCAUGGAGAACAACCAGACUACACCUUCUCCUGAACCCCCAGUGGAACCAGCUGAGCAGCACAGGACCACACACAGUCUCACUGAGUUAGUAGACAUGGAGGAUGGGAAGCCUGAUAUGCUGCUAGUCAAAGAGGAGACAAUAGAAGACGGACCAGAGAGCAUUGACCUGCUGAGUAGACUAAAGAUGGGGGAGCAAGGUGGUUGGCUGGAGGCCAACAGAGAAGACUGGGUGGCCAUCUUGGAUUCCCAGAGCCAGACGGGUGCAGUCAAUGGCCUGGGGGAUGACAUCACUGAGCAAGCCAGGACCAGAGGCGACGUAGUGGUCAGUGGAUGGGACAGUGUCCUCAACUCUGGGCUGGGGAACAACACUGUUAACCACAACCAGAAACAGACUGUCGAACACAAAACAACAGCUGAACUUAGUCUUCAUGACAACAGACUGGCUGAGACCAGGGUAAGGCGUAGAUUUGGUCUGCGGGGACGGGGAGGUGUCUGUAUGAGAACAGACACAGACUUAGCUAGUGAUGCUCCAUCCUGCUCCUAUAGUUGUGAUUCAGAGAGACUGAUGGCGCCUCAGGUUAACCCCCUAACAGGUGCUGCCUUCAGCCUGCCUUCUAUAGGAUCUAUCACUUGGAACAUGGACCCUGCAACAACACAGACACUCCCUGGCCUUCAUCCUCCUCACAAUCUCCUAAUGUUAAACCAGACCUCAGACAAUGCAAGUACCUCAACACUAAAUGGCUACACAAGCCCAUUGACCAAUGACAGUAGUAGAGACAGAAUCAGUAAAGGUGGCAUCGCCAAAGAGAAGCGCUUCCCAUGUUCGUUCUGUGGGAAAACCUUCAGUUUCCCCAAACAAGUAGAGAUCCACCAGAGGAUUCACACGGGGGAGAAACCAUACGGCUGCCACCUGUGCUGGGCCAGUUUUUCACACUCGUUCAGCCUGAAGAGGCACCAGAGGGUCCAUACAGGGGAGAAGCCAUUCAAUUGCCACCUGUGCCGGGCCAGUUUUUCACACUUGUUCAACCUGAAGAGGCACCAGAGUGUCCACACAGGGGAGAAAUCCUGAAGCUGCCCCAGUGUGAGAAGAGGUUCUCCCACCAGCACCAGCUGAAGAUGCACCUGAACGUCCACAAGGGAGAGAGGCUGUUCGCCUGUAUGCACUGCGGGAAGAGGUUCUCAGAGGAGAGACCUCAGGAUACACCAGCAGAAAACAUGGCCCAUGCAUAGAGUAUAGUGAUAUGUAGUACUGGUUAGUGUCUUUGUUUAGUAAUUAUAUUGCUUUUGGAUGUAGUAGGGAACUGGAUGAGGUGAACUCCACCCAGCACAGCUAGAAGAGGACUGGCCACCCCUCAGAGCCUGGUUCCUCUCUAGUUUUCUUCCUAGGUUUCUGCCUUUCUAGGGAGUUUUUCAUAGCCACCGUGCUU